AUGGCUCAAGACAAUAGGGAGGUUAUGGUCCCCAUGAACUCGAAUAUGGGUAUGGCGACAACUAGAGUGACAUACUCCACUAGAAUAAAUUCUCUAAAGUUUCAUGGUUCUGACGUUGAGGAAGAUUCUCAAGAAUUUAUUGACGAAGUGUAUAAAGUGUUGCUGAUCAUGGGAGUGACGCCGGUGGAAAAGGUGGAAUUGAAAGAGAGGGUGGCUAAUGCGGGUCAUCCUGAUUGGGAAAAGCUUAAGGUUGCUUUCCUUGAUAGGUUCUUUUCCAUUGAUAUGAGGGAGGCAAAGAAAGAGUCACCUUGGUCUGAUCUUCCACAAAAAGUUUCUACAAGCAGAAAUCUCCGAAAAUAUAAAUAUAAUGUUCGAAAUAAGGCACAUGUUGAAGGAUGCAUAUGCAAUGCACAUAUAGUUGAGGAAGUUUCAUCAUUUUGUUCGCACUACUUUGAGCCUCAUGUUUACACAAGGCAUAGAAAAGUGCCACAGAAUGACGAUGGUGGUAUAGGUGAACAACAUGGAUACGCUAGUAAUCUUUCUAUAUUCACCUAUCCAGGUCGAGGAUUUGGGGAACUAAAUUGGAGAUAUCUUACCGAAGAAGAACUUAAAGCAGCUCAUAUUUAUAUUUUACUAAAUUGCAGAGAAGUGCAGCCAUAUGUUGAUAACUUUAUUGACUCUCUUCAUCAAAAUUUUCCACAAAUUACGGAGCAGGAAGUGGAUAGGAAACUUGAUGAAGAUUUUGCAUCAUGGUUCACAGGAUAUGCUCGAGUCCACAUAGAUAAUCAGUUCAUCAAGGCGCUUGCAGAAGGUCCAUGUCGAUCAGUGAAGCCAUACACUGGUUAUACUGUCAACGGCUUUAAAUUUCACACUAAAGGUCGCAGUUUUUCUAGAGCAUCUAACAACAGUGGUGUUUCCAUGAAAGGAACUAACUACAGUGCAAAUGACAAUGACUACUAUGGUGUGCUUACUGAAAUUCUUGAAUUGGAGUACAAGGGCAGUACACCGAUCAAAAGAACCGCUUUCUUUAAAUGUGAAUGGUUUGACCCCACACCAAAUGUAGGAAUGAAACUUCACCCACAAUAUAAACUUGUGUAUAUCAAUCAUAGAAAGAAAUUGAUGUGA